UAAACAACCAGUCACCAGAGGAUCUGUUUUCUCUCUCUCUCUCUCUCUCUCUCUCUCUCUCUCUCUCUUUACGGUUCCUGUUUCUUACGAAGUAGCUGCACUGCCACUCUGACUAAAAUUAGAAAAUGAAUAUACCACUAAAGACCAUUCUGAUCUUCUGCUUAGUGGCUGCAAGUACAGCACAAACUCAUGAGAAGACAAGGACUGGUACUUUUACCAAAAACUCUGUGGGAACUAAUCCUACAGCCAAUACUCCGGCCACCACAACUGUUAACACCACAACCACUACGACACAAGCUCCUGGGGAGAUAAGUAAUGUCACUUUUACCACAGAAAAAACAACUAAUUCUACAGACAAUACUUCUGCCAGCACAACUCCUGACACCAUAACUGUUACCACCAAAACCACUACGAAACAAGGUCCCUGUGUUCCAAAUCCUUGUAUUGGAGACAGUAAAUGUGAAGAACGAUUUGAUGACUUCUUUGCUUGCAUCUGCCGACCUGGACUGAUUUACUUGGAAAUGAGAGGCUGUAUUCAAACAAAGGUCUUCCCAGGUACUUUAACUUUGAACAGGACUUUUGAUCCAAAUAUGGCUAACAAAAUGUCUGAAGAGUUUCAUCUGAUAGCAGGUGAAAUUGAGAAUAAUCUCAAAGAAAUCCUGGGUAAUGACAAUGGCUACAUUAAGUCCACCGUUUUGAGUCUAAGCAAAGGCAGUGUAAUUGCAGACGUUCAGAAUUUCUAUGACUUGUCAUCCAAUGCCACAUCAGUUUCAGUUGCAAAUAAGAUUGAAAAUAACAAAUUUGUACAUUUUAACUUAUAUACUCAAUUCACAUGAGACAGUGUGUGUGAUCUUGACAUUUGUGACAAUACCACCACCAAAGCCUGUGAAGAACAAGAGACUAGUGGUACUGCAAGGUGUACUUGCAAAGAAGGGUACAUCAGGUCACAAUUCACAUCACUUUCCUGCCAUUCUUGUCCAAAUGGGGAUAUGGCGGUGGGUGAAGACAGCUGUAAAAAGUGUUCUUUUGGUUUCUCUGGAUUUAAUUGCAGUGAUCCAUAUCUUUUGGUUGUGAUCGCGGUGUCCACUGUGUUGGGUGUAUUGCUGAUUAUCUUUAUUGUUGCCCUGAUAGUUGUAAGCUGCAGGAAUCAAAAGGGAAGCUCCUCAUCCCAGGUAGAUUUUAGCUCAAACUAUGGCAAUAAGGAAUUACAUAAACCUACCGGAGUUCCCAGGAUUCCUCGGGCCAACCCUGACACUAGCUUGAAGUCUACAAAUCUGGAGAUGGCAGAUAGUGGGAGCAAUCAGGCACUGGUGACCAGAGAUCGCCCAGAGAGCAAAACGCACUACUACGAGGGCGUGAGCUAUAGGGGUCAAGUUCCUUCAGUGUACUCCAGCAAUGGCGGGAGAGGAGAGGAAAAUGGUGGUGUUCACAACCCAUACUUUCGACAAGAUGAUGACAGAAUGCGCAGAUAUUAACAUAAUUUAAUUUGUUUGGAUGAUUUUUGUUCAUUUUCAUGUGGAUUGAAUUAAAAAAUAAUAAUAAUCUUUUUUGACACAUAUUUGAAGAUUUUAAUGGAAAGUAGUUAUUUCCUUUUACAUAAAUCUUUCAUUAACCAUAGGAACAGAACUCAGAGUUCCAUCAUAUUUAUAUUCUGUGGUUUUAGCAUCUAAUGAAAUUCGGUUUUUGGGUUUCAAUCUUGAUCUAACCUUUUGCUUUAAAAGUAUUUGGAUUUUUUUUUUCUUUUCCAUCUUACAAACUUUAAAACAUUUUAGUUUUUCAGUUCCAACAAAUAUAUAUAUUUUUAAACACAUCCAUGUUUUAAUGCAAUAGUUAAGUCAGAUAUUUCAAUGUUCAUAUUUAUGACAUGUAUGUUUAAUUUUUCUACACUCAGCUGUACGAAAUAAAAACAAAUCAAUGUUUUUUUUUUUUCAGAUAUUGAUGCAACUUAUUUAUUCAGGAAGAUAAAUUAUGAUUAACUGUUCUAAUUGUAACUAUGCCAGUUGAUGCAUUUUAUUACAGAUGAUUUUAAGAAAUAAUAAUAAAAACUUAAUAUUUUGUAUUUAAAUAACAUGGAGUUAAUAAAGCAUUAGAUGUUUCUUUAAAUAAU